UGGCCCGUCCCUCCGUCUUCCACUCAUCGGUGCCCAGCGAGCCCACCAUGCACCCUCUGAGCCUUCUCCAUCUCUCGGCCACUCUGGUGCUCCUAAGCCUGCCAGACCACAUCACCUUGGCCAAGAGUCUCCCCACAACCCUCAAGGGCAGCCUGGGAGUGUCACAGCGCCUCAGUCGAUCCCAAAGCCUGCUGCGGGCAGUCAGCGCCUCCCUGCACACGGCCAAACAGACCCUGGUGCAUUACCCCUGCUCUCCUGAAGAGAUCGACCACAUAGACAUCACCAGAGAGAAAACCCACACAGCCAAGGACUGCCUGCCUUUGGAGCCUGCCUUGAAUGGCAGCUGCCUGCCCUCGCCAGCAAAGGACCCUUCGAUAAUGCAGGACCUGUGUCUCCAGAGCAUCUAUAAAGACCUGGAGCUGUAUCAGCUCGAGUUCAGGACUUUGAACGCAAAGCUGCUCAUGGACCCCCAGCAGCAGAUCUCUCUCGAUCAAAACCUACUGAGCUCUAUUGAGGAGCUAAUGAAGACCUUGUUCUUGAACAAAGAGUCUAAGCCACAUCUCCCAGCCAUGGAGGAACCGGAUUUUUAUAGAACCAAAGUCCAGCUCUGCACGCUACUGCAGGCCUUCCGUGUUCGUGCAGUAACCAUCGACAGAAUGAUGUCCUACCUGUCUGCCUAGGGUGUCCCCAAGAUUUCCAAUAGAAACCAAAACCUGGGGAGUUGUAAA